AUGUUUUAUUAGUAAAAAAAUGUUCGGUUUUACUAAAAGGUUCUAAAAAAGUUUAACGAUCUUGCUUAAAAACAUGUGUUUUUCUUUAAAAAAUAUCUGUAGUAUUAUUCAAGGUAAAAAGAAAUUUGCCUACAUAUUAUAGAAAAGUUUUGAACUCUCCAGAAAUUUCUACUGAGUGUACAGUGUGUAGUUUGCAGUCGAUUCGUCGAUUCUCAACAGUCGAGACAAAUUUGUGACGAACGAGGUGUUAUAGUCAAGAAACAUUGAAUUAUACGAUUUUAAUAUCAUUAUCAAUAGGAUAAUCGAGUGAGUGUUGACUUUCUUUUUUCUUACCAUUAAACGUUUAGAAAUUCUAUCUGUCGCUAAUUUUGAAGGAAGAAAUGUCGACAAAGGCAGACGAGUUAAAAUUGGACAUUGAAGAAUUUAACAGUUUGCUUCAAAAAGCUAAUCGUCAAAAAAGCAAAGAUGUUCUCAGUCUUGAAAUUAGGAAGUUGCAAACAGAGUUAGCAAGAUUGAUAGAAGAAAAUCAAAUAUCUCAGACAAAGCCUGCUGUUGCAGUGUCUAACUCUUCUCAAAAGUGUUAUGAAGUUAAACUUAAUAACUAUGGUUGGGAUCAAACAAAUACGACAGUAAAAUUAUACGUCACAUUGAAAGAUGUGCAUCAGUUGGCUAAUGAAGCUGUGACUUGUAACUUUACUGAGAAAUCUUUUGAUCUCCAUAUUCUUGGAUUGAACAAUAAAAAUUAUAGUUUUGCAAUUAAUAAUUUAUGCGAAGAUAUUGAUACAGAUAAAAGUAGUGUUAGAACCAAGGCUGAUAUGGUGAUAAUAUCCCUUAUCAAAAAGGUUGCAAAACAUUGGUCACAUGUAACAAGUGUAGAAAAAAGGAUCAAGGAAUCAAAGACAUCUUCAGCUCCAGAUAUAAGUGAAGAUGGUGACCCCGGUACUAGUUUGAUGAAUUUAAUGAAGAAGAUGUAUCAAGAAGGAGAUGACGAAAUAAAAAAGACAAUAGCCAAAGCGUGGACAGAAACUCAAGAGAAGAAAGCAGCAGGAUUGUCAGACUAUUCUUAAUUUCAUGUCUAUAAAUACUUAGGUUUAUUAUUUUUUUAGGUUAUUAAUAUAAAAAAUUAACUUAUAUUAUGUAAAACAUUAAAAUGUAAAAGUGCUAUAAGAAUUGUAUGUUUUUUCAUUGUUAUGUAUUGUAAGUUCAGAUAUUCAUUGGUUUUAUGAGGAAAAUCUUUAAGCCUAUUGUAUAAAUACAUAAAUAUUUCAUAAAUUUUCAAAAUGAUAUAUUUCGAAUCAAAUAAAAAGUUUGAUUAUAUGGAUUAUUAAGAAUUAAUGUAUUUUGUUUUCUUACGACAAUGGUAAUAGUAUAUACUAUACACUUCCGAAAUAUUUCUAUUCCUUAUUUACACACCAUAAGCCAAUUUACUUCUGUAUAUUAUUAAUUCAAUAAAAAAGGAUUAUAAAAAAAA